CUCCGAAAAUUUCCUCAUUGGAGAUAUGAAAAGUACAAAGGAUUUCCGACUGCGUUUUGAUUGUGACGUCACUUGGCCUGUUUGCAGUUAACUCAGAGGACAAAACAAUCUGGAACUGUUAGUCUUGACAGUGCAGUUAGCAUAAAAAGAUCAAACAUGCCUGUAUUUCCACAGUACCUCACUCCGAAACAGGAGGAAGAACUAAGAAACAUUGCUAAGGCCAUUGUUGCUCCCGGCAAAGGAAUUCUAGCCGCUGAUGAAUCAACUGGUUCCAUUGGAAAGAGAUUUGCUCCCAUAAAUGUGGAAAACUCUGAGGAAAACAGGAGACGCUACAGGGAGCUGUUGUUCACAUCGGACAAAGUAGCAGCAGAAAACAUUAGUGGUGUCAUCAUGUUCCACGAAACAUUUUAUCAGAAAACCAAGAGUGGAGUUCCAUUUACAAAAGUUCUGCAAGACAAGGGUAUCAUUCCAGGAAUCAAAGUGGAUAAAGGUGUUGUCCCACUGGCUGGCACAGAAAAUGAGUGCACUACACAGGGUUUGGAUGGAUUGUCGGAAAGAUGUGCACAGUACAAAAAAGAUGGAGCUCAGUUUGCCAAGUGGCGUUGUGUUCUAAAAAUCCAGCAAUACACCCCUUCCUACCAGGCCAUGUUAGAGAAUGCCAAUGUCUUGGCCCGUUAUGCCAGCAUCUGUCAACAGAAUGGCCUGGUACCAAUUGUAGAACCUGAAGUUUUACCAGAUGGUGAUCACGAUUUAGAAACAGCACAGAAAGUCACAGAGCAGGUUCUUGCAUUUACAUACAAAGCCCUGGCAGAUCACCACGUCUAUCUGGAGGGAACUCUUCUAAAGCCUAACAUGGUCACCGCUGGAAUGAGCUGUCCCAAGAAAUUUGCCAAGGAGGACAAUGCCAGAGCCACCAUUCUUGCUCUCAGUAGAACAGUCCCUCCUGCUGUCCCAGGUGUGACCUUCCUGUCUGGGGGGCAAUCCGAGGAGGAUGCGACCUUAAAUCUGAACAUGAUCAACGCUAUUCAGGGCCCCAAGCCCUGGGCUCUGACCUUCUCAUUUGGUCGUGCCCUGCAGGCCUCUGUUCUAAAAAUAUGGGAGGGCAAGGAUGAAAAUGUGCCAGCUGCCCAGGCAGAACUCAUUAAACGUGCAAAGGCCAAUGGUUUAGCAGCUGUAGGGAAGUACAAGGGUGGAAUGGAGAGUGCCGCUGGUGGACAGUCAUUGUUUGUGGCCCAGCACGCUUAUUAAAUACUCUUAUACCAAACAAUUCCACAGACACAUAGCAGUUAUUGAUAGAAAACCUUAGAUCUACAACUAAUGCUGUUUUAAAUGUUGUACAGUGAACUUUAUCAAAUUUUAUGUAUUGUUGAACAAAUUUUUACAAGUGCUAUUUUUGUUUUGCUGCCUAACAGCUUGUUAAAUAUUUACUUCAUCACUGUGUUAUAUUUUUUUACCAUGCAGAAAAUUCAUGGCAUUUUUUGGUAAAGUGUAG